AUAUAACCGAACGUUCACCCCUAGCUCUCUCCGUUCCGUUCAGUCACUCCCUCGUCGAUGCUCUUUCUCUACGCCGCAGCGUCGCGCCGCGUCGCCUCCACGUCCACCUCAACAGCCGGGGCACCUCAACCUGUUUCAGACUCCUCCACUCCGUCGCGCCCUCGCCAGCCUCCGCAUCUCUACCACCACCGCCUUAGCGUCGCGGCCAGUAGGCAGCGCCUGUCUGCGCCUCGACUACUCCGCCCGUCGAGGGGCUGCCCGACCGCCGACGCAGUCCAAGCUCUUGAUUGAUUGCACGAGACUGGCUAAGACUUGAUCGGAGAGGUAAUAUUCAGGGAUGACAUUGCUGAAGAGAUAUGUGUUGAGACUGUUCAUAUCAUUGAAAUACAUCACAGCAAAUGUGGUAGACAGGAACAAUGGACGAAUAGUUGCAACAGCUUCAACAGUCGAACACGCUCUCAAAAACUCGCUUGAAUGUGGCCGUUCUUGUAAUGCAAAGGCUGCAACAGUUGUUGGAGAAGUGUUGGCAAUGAGGCUCAGAGUAGAUGGUCUCGAACAUGGCCAGGGCAGAGGCAUCCAUGUCAACGUCAACAAGGAAAUCGAGAAGAAAGGCUUCCAGAACCGCACAAAGAUUUGGGCAAUUGUGAAUGCCCUAAAUAACAAUGGAGUUAAAUUGAUUCUUGAGGACGAGGACAACGUCGCUCCUGGCUCCAGCUACAGAGGCCAGCAAAGGGACGAGCCGGAUUGACUGGUUAGUCGACUUGAGAGGUAACCCUGCUGUCUAGAGCUUUUACUACUGGAAAUGUUAAGUCAUAUUCUAAAAUACAGACUUGCAAAUGGAAGUAUACGAGAGAGGAUUGUUGAAAAUGCUGCAUCCUAAUAUGUUUCCAUUUAAUCUGUAAGGCAUAUAUAUUUUGUUGGAUGAAGAAUAAUGUUCUUUGCAAA